GGGGAAGUUUAAAGUUUGCCGCCGUGUCCGUCUGUUGUCACUGUGUUCCCUUUAUUACUGUAAAUAGCUAGUUAUUUUUUCCAUAAACUACAAUGAGGCGAACAAGAGGGUCGAGAAAUAAAAGUCAGGGUGCAGCAGAGAAUGAAGAAGUCCGGUCUAAAACAGUGUGGCAGUGGAAAGGAGAUGAAGGACAGUGGGAACCGUACUCGCCUUCAGACUGCGCCUUGUUGGACUCCGCUGUCUCUUCAGGGAAAACCUCCGUCACUCUGACUCUGGGCUCUGGGGCGGCCUAUGAAGUCGACCUGAAGAAGAUGGUCCAGAUUAAUCCUGUCACAAAAUACAAGAGGAAGAUUCGCUCUCAGACAGUAAAACCAGAAAGUUUGAAUGAAGCCGGUGAAUCGACUGCUCACAAUGGGAAGCCAGUUCAAGUUAAAGAGGAAGAGGAGGAGACAGAGGAGCAACCUGCAACUAAGAGGAGGAGAGGGCAGAGCAAGCGUCAGACUAAAACUAAAGAAAUGCCCAAAGAAGAAAUAAAAGAGGUUGUGAGGACGGUGGUCAUGAAGGGCAAAGCUCCAGUGGACUCUGAAUGCAAAGCCAAACUCGGAAAGGCUCAUGUUUACAGUGAAGGAAAUGAUGUUUAUGACGUGAUGUUGAACCAGACAAAUCUUCAGUUUAACAACAACAAAUAUUACCUGAUCCAGCUGCUGGAAGAUGACAACUCCAAGGUUUACAGUGUGUGGAUGAGGUGGGGCAGAGUGGGCAAAGUGGGUCAAAACAACCUCACAGCCUUUGGUGGAGAUCUGCUGAAAGCAAAAGAUGUCUUCAAGAAAAAGUUCUUGGACAAGACCAAGAACGAGUGGGAACAGCGGGCGAGUUUUGAGAAGGUGGCUGGAAAAUAUGACAUGGUGUUCAUGGACUACAGCACUAAUGAAAAGGAAGAGGAAAAGACCACAGUGGACACUGUACCCAAAAAGAAGACCUCCAAGCUGGAUGUGAAGAUCCAGUCUCUCCUAGAGCUCAUCUGUGACCUUAAAGCCAUGGAGGAGUGUGUGCUGGAGAUGAAGUUUGACACCCGCAAAGCUCCUCUCGGCAAACUGACCUCAGAGCAGAUCCGUGCAGGCUACAGUGCACUGAAGAGAAUCGAGGAGUGUCUGAAGAGGAAGGGCAGCAAUCGUGAGCUGCUGGAGGCUUGCAACCAGUUCUACACCCGCAUCCCUCAUGACUUUGGGUUGAAAACUCCCCCAGUCAUCCACACAGAGGAUGAGCUGAAGAAAAAAAUUGCACUGCUGGAGGCACUGAGUGACAUCCAGAUAGCAGUAAAAAUGGUUCAGUCCAGUGAGGACGGUGACGAACAUCCUCUGGACAGACAGUACCGCUCCCUCCAGUGCAAACUGAACCUUCUGGACCCCAGCACUCAUGAGUACCAGGUGAUAGAAAAGUAUCUGCAGUCCACUCACGCCCCCACCCAUCGUGACUACUCCAUGACCGUCCUUGACAUCUUCUCAGUGGACAGAGACGGGGAGAGCAGCAGCUUCCUCUCACAGUUACACAACAGGACUCUGCUGUGGCAUGGUUCCCGUCUGUCUAACUGGGUCGGCAUCCUCAGUAAAGGGCUCAGAGUGGCUCCACCUGAAGCUCCUGUCACUGGUUACAUGUUUGGUAAAGGAAUCUACUUUGCUGACAUGUCGUCAAAGAGUGCCAACUACUGCUUUGCCAAUCAGCACAAUCAUGUUGGACUGUUGCUGCUGUGCGAGGUCGCUCUGGGAGACUGUAACGAGCUGGUCGAUGCUGACUACGAGGCCAGCAGCCUGCCUGCUGGAAAACACAGCACCAAGGGCCUGGGACAGACCGGACCUGACUCCAAAAACUCUGUCACACUGGAUGGUGUCACAGUGCCAAUGGGGCCUGGUGUGAAGACGGGGGUGGGUAAGAACAGCAGUUACUCCCUUCUCUACAACGAGUUUAUCGUUUACAACCCUGCCCAAACGCGCAUGAGGUACCUGCUGCGGAUCCAGUUCAACUACUCUUCACUGUGGUGAGGCGGUACAUAAACUGCUAUUUAUCGAGGGAUUUGCUCAUCAAGGAGCAGGGGUGAUAUAUCACUUAGUCAGUUAGAUACUGUAUAGCUCUUGUUUGUGGGGAUAGGAUGCUGUAAGUGAACACACUGCUAGUACUAGAUGGAUAACAGAAAUGUUUGCUUUCUCAGUGUUGUAGCUAAAAUGAUAAGUCAAUUCAUCAAUUAGUCAAUUGACAGAAAAUUGUCACUCUUCAAGAAAAAAUGCCAAAAAUUAUUCAAAUGAUCCAAAUGUGAGUACUUGCCAGUUUUCAUAUCUUUUUCACAUUGAUUUUGAUACAUCACCUUAGGCUGGUUCAAAAAUAUAUAUAGCUGACAUUUUUUUACUAUUUUCUGACAUUUAUAAACAAAGGGAUCAAUGGAUUAAUCGAGAAAAUAAUUGACAGAUUAAUUGAUAAUGAAAAUUACAGUUAGUUGCAGCCCUCCAAGUAUGUUCACAGUCUUGGUUUGACAGACAUAAAGUCUAUACAACAUACUCAAUAUGUAAAAGGUGAGUGGAUAAUUCAAGUAAUAAAAACACCAACAGAACCGCUUCUACUUUUUCUAAAAGGUGAGGAUGGAUCUAUGUGAUAUGAAGAAAAAAAUGCAUAACAGUUAGCACUGCUUUUUUUCUAUGUUGCUUUAUGUUGUGAAUGUCCUCAUAUCAAUUUAAAUUGUAUUGUAUGUUGCAUUUUGUGACACUUAUUGCAUUUUGGUUUUCUGGGUUAGGGUUAGGGCUUUGGUGCUGUAUGCAACACAGACAUAAUGAUCUGGAACUCCCUCAGGCAGGUUUGACAUGAGCAUUUAUACUGAGUAACUGCCACAGUUUUUAUGAAUGUGUUUUAUCAAUGUCAGAAAAAUAGAAAUUGAAGGUUCUUGCUCAUCAAUAAUUGCU